ACGAUGAUGAUUUGGACAUCAUCCUUCGAGGGAAAAACAAGAAAAAAAAGAGAGGUUCCGCGGCGGUGGCAGGCGUUUGUUUCUGGUGAAUUACGGUUUUUGAUACCCCCCCAGAGCGAGGACGGACAUGGCUGGUAAUGGGCCGGCGGCUCGUUGUGUUGCUUUCAACAUUGAUCAGUGGAAUUCAACUCGAAGUUUCGACUUUCGCCAUUUGACUUUGGAAUGACAAAAUCUGACAUGGUGCUCUGCUGCUGUGCUUGUUUAUUGUUAGGCCGUCUGGCGUCAUCCCCUGGAUUCUUUGUGCAUGUCAACAGCCAAGCCGCCAAGCUUGAUUCAAGAAGUGCCUUUGAGGUGCACGUGGCUUGUGCCAGUCCAAGGCGGCUUUGCUCCAAGCCUCCAACGGAUCUGUCUCCGACACGAGCAGCUGCUACACAUUUCGAUUGGAUUCGAGGUGUGUACCGUACAGCAAGUGCAUCGCCCACCAUAGGCAGACUAACGGAUCAUGGAUGGCCUAGAAGGGGGAAGAUGGAGUCUUUUGCCCGCAUAGACAUUCAAUAAGCUGGAGGAGGCGGAAGUUGAUACCGUUUGUAUUGUAUGUACAUACAAUCUCGACCCUUGCUUUAGAUACACCAUACGAAGUUCAUGCUGCGUCGUUCCCGCUCAACUGACUGGUCUCUGGCCAGCUCCUAGUCCAAGCACCUCACAAUCCAUAUGCUGGCGAGGAACACGAAGCAGAGCGAUGAAUAGUCAGCGCAAAAAACCAAGGCUGCUAGGUAUUGUUUACACUGAUGGCCAGCUAGCUACCUGGUAGCUUGCACGCCCGCUCAACAAACCAAGGGGGUAUUAUUCUCUACACAUAUACAACCACACAAAGAAGCACACAUGUGCUCUCUCUGUCUCUCUCGUCCCUCCCUCUCUCUUUGUGUAAGAAAAGGCAUAAAUCAUCAUCAAACCAACAUGUACAGUACAAGCCCCAUGUAAAAGUAUCCUCGCCAAUAGUUGCUCAAGGAUGAAGAAGGCAAAGGUGCAA